GGCUUGUACCUGUCAGGGUGUUGAUUGUUCUUGCUCUCUUCUGACCGUUCCUUCAUAACGAAACUCCGGAACACGACCGGUCCAAUUUGCAACCACCGUUAAGUAUCAUUUUGUCACCUAUCGGAAGUGAUCGGCGGCGUCAGUCAUAGAGUGAGAAAAAGAACAAAUAUAAAUCGCCUGUCCACUCCAUUGUCUAGUGUUUGGGGGUGGGGUCAAUCGGGUUCUUGCCACUAUCCAGAAAGUGUGAGGACUUCUCGGGAUUCUAUCCAGCUAAAAUCGACUACGUUGCCAAGAAAGCCUCGAGUUCCACCGGGGUUUCGUCAGGUCUGCACCUAAGUGCCUGUCGAUAGAUCUGGUGCGUGUUACACGAAGAGGGAGGACAAACAUCCUCGAAGACAUUUUCCGUGAGUACUUCCGUUUGCUAUCUUUCUCCUGCCCUCUCGAAAUUUGGGAACGUACCCUUUUUUUCUCAAGCACCCACCAAGGCGACGAAACAAGACAAAAGAAGGAAAGAAAGAAAAAGUCCGUCCAGCUGAUCGUUCUUAGUUUUCCCUUGUCAGAUCUUUCAGGUGCAGGAAAUGGCGAACCGUAAGGCAGGCUUCGUGUCCAUUCUAAACAAUGAUGAUAAUCCAUCAUUCACGGUGCGAUCAAGCCCCCGGUUAUGCAGACACCAUUCCAGUUCAUCAUACCCUUAUCCGUCCGAGCCGCGGCGAGAGACGUCGGGCUCGUAUCAUCGCUAUGGGUAUGCACACUCCGACUCCUUCCCGGUGACCCGGCAACCGUUCGAUCCCGUGUCGGGAGCUGCACAGCCCACGUCCCCCGGGUCGUCUGAUUGCUCCUAUGACUACAUGAGUGCUGGAUCCGGCUAUUAUUAUCCAUCUAGUAGGCAGGAGCCCCAUGUCUACCAACCGGCUGCAGUGGGAACCGCGACGACAACCGCUGAGAAAAGACUCAGUGCAAACAGUGUUUCUGACCCUCCGUCCCCGCCGGCAUCAAUUAGUGGGUCUAGAGAUACAGUGGGGAGCAAAGCAAACCGGAAAAACAAGUACCCCUGUCCCUUUGCUGCUAGUCAUAACUGUUCCGCAACCUUUACAACUUCGGGGCAUGCAGCGCGCCAUGGGAAGAAGCACACGGGGGAGAAAAGUGUGCACUGUCCAAUCUGCAACAAAGCCUUCACCCGGAAAGACAAUAUGAAGCAGCAUAUUCGGACGCAUCGGACACACUCCGAGGACAGGCCAACGGGUGUGACAGAGAGGGACAACGAUGCAAGUACCCGGUGGCGCGAGAGGAGGAACAGCCCUUUGUACAACCACCACCGAUCUGUGAGCCAGUCCCAGAUGGAUGGAAGUGCCUACGACAGCAUGACACCUAUGAGAUGAUCGCAAGUGGCUAUGCGUUCGUAGCCACCUGAAACGAGGUCAUCAUGAAUUUGAUGUGGAAAACGUGUUGAGGCGAACACACAUGAAGCAACCGAACCUUUUCAA